UGGCCCUGGCCAAUAACCUUGCGAUCUUUAUGUACUCAGGCGUGUUGGUAUCGUUACUCUGCCCGAGUCCCUGUCUCUGUUCAGUCGAGGGGAUUUUGAAAAAGAGUUGGUCGUCUCGAUGUAGGGCAUGCUAUGACCGCUUCAUUACUCCUCCAUUCGCACUGGAUUGACCCGGUGAUGUUUCUCUACGACAACGGUUUGGAUGAAAGAAGCAAGAACAUGGAAGGAUUUACUGGAGGAAAUUUUGCUGCAAACCAGUGCAGGAAUUUGUUAGCGCAUCCAACCUCGCUGGCUCCGAGCACCACCUACACUGCGAGUGAGGUGCCAGUCUCCGGCAUGGGGGAGCCUGGCAAACAAUGCAGCCCCUGUUCCGCCACUCAGAGCUCGCCCAAUGCAUCUUUGCCCUAUGGAUAUUUUGGCAGCAGUUAUUACCCAUGUAGGAUGUCACACGGCAGCGUCAAGGCUUGCGCGCAGCCCUCUGGUUAUGGCGAUAAAUACAUGGACUCAUCGGUCUCUGGUGAGGAGUUUUCAACCAGGGCAAAGGAAUUUGCGUUUUAUCAGGGCUAUUCCUCGGGUCCUUACCAGCCCAGCUACUUGGACGUCCCUGUCGUUCCUGCGCUGAGUGCUCCAUCUGAGCCAAGACAUGAGUCUCUGUUGCCCAUGGAGCCCUACCAGCCAUGGGCCAUCACCAAUGGUUGGAGUGGUCAAGUUUACUGCACCAAGGAGCAGCCACAGUCAAAUCCUCUGUGGAAAUCCUCGUUACAAGACACUAUUUCUGGUGGAGACAGCUCUAUCCGCCGUGGGAGAAAGAAGCGUGUGCCAUACACCAAGGUGCAGCUCAAGGAACUGGAAAGGGAGUAUGCCGCCAAUAAAUUCAUCACCAAGGACAAAAGGAGGAGGAUAUCCGCGCAGACAAAUCUGACAGAGAGACAAGUGACAAUCUGGUUUCAGAACAGGCGCGUAAAGGAGAAGAAAGUCGUCAAUAAAUUCAAGAGCUCCAGUUAGCUCUGGAGAUACUGAAACAGGAGGUGACAUGGAUGUGCCUUCAUCCAAAAAACUGCGCUAUAAUUUAUUACAUUAUAUGAACGGUUUCUUUGUCGCCAGAGCGGCUCUGAUUUGACCUACACAUUUCCUUCCUCACAUUUUAAUUGGAACCAGUCGAUGCGGCCUGUUGACAGAAGAUCGGAAAUGGUUUGCAACGUGUUGACCAAGGCGAUUCUGCGAGGGAUGCAUGGUCUCCUUCAAAUAUUCAACAAACAACCAAGACAUUCUACCUUGAAGGCAUGAGACACCCUGAGCAAUCCUGCGCUUUUAUUCCACUUAAUGAAAUCCAGAAAUUAAGACCGGAGCCCCUGGAAUCAGUUACAAUAACUCUAAAGCUUUCGACUUUAGACUGUGCUGCAGUGGUAAACAAAUAGGUGGCUAAACUAACUGUCACCUUCAGUCUGUGAUCAUCGCAAUGCAAACAGGCAAAGUUAAACAAAUAAUAAUUAACUAAUAGAAAAUGAAUCUCGAAAAUUAUUUUUCAGCAUUCCUUCACGCUAAAGACAAAAAAAAAAAUUAAAUAUCUCUCCAUACUCUGUCCUUGCAUAAGCAGCAGUAGCCUACAGCAUUUCUUGGGUGUAGAUAAACACCAUUCCACAGUUUGGAAGCUUGAAAGUCAGAGUUUACAUCACCGCCUGUAGAAAUUCAAUCGCUCCAUUUGAAAUAACCAUCUGUUCGUUAAUCAGCCAGUAUCUGAUUAAACGUUAUCGAACAUGAAACUAGCCUGAGCAUUUCACUAGGUCUGCUCACACUUUGUCCAUGUCACUGUCUUUUUUCACAGGGUUUUUACUCAGAAUAACUCGCCUGUCAACAGGCUGACCUAUGCAAUUUAUGUCAGUCAGGAAUGAUUUUGCAGUAGAGUACUGAAAACGUAGGAAUAUUUAAACAUGUAAAUACUAUCUGACUGCAACUAUAUAUUCUCCCUUCUUUUUGACUGCAAUAGCCAAAGUUUUUGACAAUAAAUGUUUGAGAGACGCAGUGGGAUCUUGUCAUUUUCAUUCAUAUGUUUUAAUCCAAGUUGGACAUGGCUUUACAAAUCCUUUUCAUGGUAAAAUUACACAUGGCUGCAGUAUAUUGUCUCAACAGGUAAUAGUGUAUUUAGGCCAGCAGGCCUGCACGAGAGAGCCCUCGUUGAGCUCAGAGCGUCUGCGGGUUUCAGCCAUUAAGAGUUUAUGUCGCCAUCUAGUGGCGAAGCUCUGUCAGCACAGUUUCUGCCCAUAGACUGCAGUCUAUACAUCUGCCUACAUAUCUGCCUCUACCCUCAUUAGCGUGUGUGUGUGUGUGUGUGUGUGUGUGUGUGUCUUUGAAAAAUGCCUAUUAUUGCCACCUAAUUAGCUUAACUAUUGUUAAUAAAAACGUGUCAUAUAUCAACUUUGACAAUUAAGGUAAGAACUCAAAACCGCAUUUCUUCAGUAAUGCUAAUAUCUAUUGUAUCGUCAGUAUCUCUUUUUAGGAUGUUGUAGCGCUACAGACAAAUUAUAGGGAUAUUAUAGCCUAGCAAUGGCAGAUUUGGAAAAUAUAAUAGAUGAAGCCUUUUUGAAUAGCACAGCGAAAAAACACGAUAAUAAUGACUUAUUAUCGUUAUUUUUUAUCUGUAUUCACCUUAAGACAUAUAUUUUGGUCACAAAUAUUUUAGCUAAUUCUGCUUUCUAAAUAAUAAAA